GAUAGUCUCAGCCGCACCGUGAAGGGGGCCGUCCCUGUUGGUGGAGAUCAGCCCGAGGAAGGCCCACCUAGUGAUCAUUUGAAAUUAUCUCCCAUUUAGACGAUAGUGUGACGCGACUGUGCGGCUGAAUCAUAAGGGGAUACGUUGAAACCGAAUUGUAAAUAGCAGCUCGGCCAAGAUGGAUGUGUUUAUGAAGGGUUUGUCUAGAGCGAAAGAGGGGAUGGCUGUGGCCGCAGAGAAGACCAAGGAAGGAGUUGCUGUUGCGGCUGAAAAGACUAAAGAAGGGGUUAUGUUUGUAGGUAACAAGGCCAAAGACAGCGUGGGCACAGUGGCUGAGAGGACCACUGGAGCAGUUGGGAACAUUGUUGCUGCCACCGGCCUGGGGAAAAAGGACGAGUUCCCUACUGACAUGAAUCCUGAGGAGUAUGGGCAGGAGGCCAUGGAGGGCCAGGGAGAGGCAAUGCUGGAGCCAGAAGGGGAGACAUAUGAUGAGACCCAGCAGGAGAGCCAGGACUACGAGCCAGAAGCAUAAAAGCAUCAGUCCAAGCCACCAUCCAACCAGCAGCACAAUAAUAUUUCUAAAGAUAAAAAGGACAAACGCUGAAACUAUUACAAUUAUACUCCCGUUGCAAAAAAACAACAAAAAAGAAGCAUUCCCACUGAAAAAUGUUCUUCCUUCAAGACAAAUCUUUUAUUAUAUAUUGUAAAUGUCAUGUUAUUAAUGUAAUGUGUCGGGUGUAGGUAUUUAUUAAGAUGUAAGAUUUGUCCUCUCUGUCUCAUUUCCUUGAUUCCCUCCCAAUGAAAUGAGACCAGAGCCAGGGCUUGUGACUUUGUGCUUGUGUGUAUCUGUAUUUAGAAACGUGCAAUAGAUGUUCAUCAUCUUCCAAUGAGACUUGGGAGUGGAAAAAAAUAAAUAUGUCCGGUUGCAAGCAGAUAUGAAAACAGUAAUAUCCUCUUAAGUGUCGACAAUGCCUGUUUGUGGGUUCUUUCUUUUUGCAUUUCUUUGGAGAUUUAUUUAAACAUUUUUGAAGUAAGAGUUUUUUACAUUGUAUCUUUAUAGUUGCUUGUGAAAUCAUUCCAGUAAACUAUCUGUUAGAAAUGGACAGAGUAUACAUGUUUGUGUGUGUGUGCGUGUGUGUGAUUAUCUGUACUGAAGAUUUUAACAAGUUAAAGUCAAUAUAUUAUGUCUUGAAAUCAUAAUGGUUGUCACAUCAAUAUGUGCUUUAAAUUGCAGGACUUGUCAAUAUAAAGGUUUAUGUGUUAAGCCAGACAUACAUUCCUCUGUAAAUAAAAAGUAAAAAAAA